AUGGCCGCGGCGGGCGCACGGCGGCUCCCGGCCGGGACGCGCGCGGCGGCCCAGCGUUGCUGCGGCCUCCCGCUCUGCCGGACCCCGCCCCGCGGCCCUCUGCGACCGCCGCGACCAAUAAGGUUUCUGACCUCUUGCAGCCUCCUCUUGCCCAGGGCUGCCCAGAUCUUGGCGUCUGAGACUGGCUUACCUCCCAGCCGUUCUUUCAUGGGCUUCACAGCCUCCUUCACGAACAAGCGAAAGGCUUACUCGGAGCGUAGGAUCAUGGGGUACUCAAUGCAGGAGAUGUUCGAGGUGGUGUCCAAUGUCCAGGAGUAUCGCGAGUUUGUUCCCUGGUGUAAGAAGUCUUUGGUGGUAUCCAGCCGUAAGGGGCACCUGAAGGCCCAGUUGGAGGUUGGCUUCCCACCUAUCAUGGAACGUUAUACCUCAGCAGUGUCUGUGGUCAAACCUCACAUGGUCAAGGCUGUUUGCACUGAUGGCAAGCUCUUCAACCACUUAGAGACCAUCUGGCGAUUCAGCCCUGGAAUUCCUGCCUACCCCCGAACUUGCACUGUGGACUUUUCGAUUUCCUUUGAAUUUCGUUCUCUGCUGCACUCUCAGCUGGCCACCAUUUUUUUUGAUGAGGUUGUCAAAAAGAAUGUUGCUGCCUUCGAGCGCCGGGCAGCCACCAAGUUUGGUCCAGAGACAGCCAUCCCCCGUGAACUGAUGUUCCAUGAGGUGCACCAGACUUGAGGCAAAAGAUUGUCCCCUGGCAUCUCCUCAAUCCCCACCCCCCAAUUCUCUUAUUUAUUUGGUUUGAUUCCUGCUGCAGCCUGAGAAAGGAGUCCGUUCAUAAUACUGUUCUCCUCUCUCAGUUCCCCAGAAGUUGGGCUCUAAACUGGUUGGAAAUGCUGGGGAGAAAGGAAGGAAAAGGCAGAAGGUAUGGAAAGGAGACAUGCCUGGGAGAGGCUCAGGCUCACCCUGAGAGCCCCAUGUGUCCACAGGCUUCUCAUACUGAAUCAGAAUCAGGACUCUGGUUGUUAUCUGGGCCGUCAUGGUGCCUUAGUGUCUCACCAGGGGAAGAUACCAACUCUUCAAGGAAUUGAAUUAGCAGAGCUUUUUCCUUCUCCUUUGGCAUGGAGGUAUUAGGUGCUAUAUAACUUCUGCCCUGCCCGAGGUUCACACAAAAAAGGCAACCUGCCCCCACAGCUUGAAAUCCAUCACCUCACUUUAAGACUAUUUCCAUGCUAUCUGGCUAGUGGAGAGCAAGGGGCUUACCAUCAGUGCCACAGGGCCAAGAAGGCAAAAAGUACUGAACAGAGUUGUCUUUGUACACUUGGGUUAUACCUUAUUCUUCCACUUAGCCUGAGUUUUUAUAAAAUUUUAAUAAAUUAUGACAGUGUGAA